AUGCCCGUGCGCCUGGAGAGCACGGCGACGCGAGAAAAAGGCUUGACCACCGCGCCACAGUGCCAAGCCAUGGAGGACACGCUCACUUGCGGGCACGGUACCUUGUCCCAGGUAUUUGGACGCCAGGGUCAGCUGAUGCAAGCCACUGUGCAGUCGCUGAACAGCCUGAAUGACCACAUGGCUCAGCUGAUGGUGCCCUCUCCCUGCAGUCUGCCGGAGGAGGACGAGCCCUUCGCCCCAGGACACAGGGACAAUCUGAGCCUGAUGAGACACCUGCUCACAGAUGCACAGGUGAAGGGCCAAGUUUAG